AUGGCGGCUCCGCCAGUGGUGCUCGUCACGGGCCACAUCCGGGGCAUCUUCGGCGGGUUGCUGCAGCAGCGGCUGGCGGGGAGCGAGUGGGCCGUCCUCCUCUCGAGCGACGACCCCGCGGAGCUGGCGCGGCAGCUCUCGCGGGCGGUGGUGCUCGUCGGCGGCAUGGGGGACACGAACGCGCACCUGCGGGCCGCCGGGGAGCACCUGCGCCUGCUGCAGGUGCCCUUCGUGGGCACGGAGUGGCUGGACGAGAGGGCGGUGCCGCCGGGCGUGGCGGUGUGCAACGUGCACGACCAGGACGUGGGCAUAUCCGAGUGGGUGCUCUGCCAGAUGCUGCAGUGGAUCUGCCGCACCUCCGACGCCGACGCACUGAUCGGGACCUUUCUAGCAACGCCCGAGUUGAUGCGAGAGAGUUGCCGGGCGGCAGCGCAGCAGGGCGCGGACGCCGGCUUCAGCGCCCCCUUCUACCAGCAGCCGCCGCCGCCCAAGCGUGAGGAGCUCCGCGGCAAGACGCUGGGCAUCGUCGGCUUCGGCAGCAUCGGGCGCGCGGUCGCCGCGCGGGCCGCCGCCUUCGGCGUGCGCCUCGUGGCGACCGCGGGGCGUCGGCGGCCCGUGGAGCCGCCGCUGGAGUGGUUGGGGGCCGGCGCGGCGGACCUGCUUCAGCUCAUGCGCAAGCGCGCGGUGCUGAUCAACGUGUCCCGCGGCCCCGUCGUCGACGAGGCGGCGCUCUUCUCGGCGCUGCGGGAGGGCAGCGGCUGGACCGCCGGCCGCGAGGAGCGCUGCGCGGCGCAGAUCGUCGACAACCUGGCGCGCUGCCUGCGGGGCGAGCCCCUGUGCAACGUGGUUGGAUACCAGCUCUCGGGGGUCAGCCUGCGGUGCACCGUCGACCUGCAAGGCGUCGGUCGCGCGGUGACCGCGCGCCUGCGGCUGGGCAGCUCCGCGGUGCGGCUGCAGCUGCAGGCGGAGCGGCAGGGCGCGGGGCUGCCGUUCAGGCGCGUGCUCGUGACCGACUGCUCCUUCGACGCGCAGAUUAGCGACCUGGACUUUACUGGGCCGUCAGUCCUGGCCACGUUACUGCACGGCACGCGCUUCGGCCAGUGCUGGGUGGCAGGGUGGCAGGCAGGCCUUGCUCGAGUUGACCAGGGCCCCCGCAUCCGCAUCCGCGCGCAGCGGUCGUCCUGCGAGCCCGGCAUCCGGAAGGACCUGUCCGCCAAGUCCGCCGCCCUCGAUGUCGGCUCGGACCUCGCCCCUGUGACCAGGCCGGGCACGUCCCUUUUGCAAGCGGACUUGGAGUCGGACACCGAGCGCGUCGCCUCGAUGGUGGAGCUCUCGACGGAGGAGUGGGCGGCGCAGCACCAGGCCGACUACGAGAAGGACUUCACGAUCCAGCUGGACAUGACUCCGUACGUGCAACUUGACAAGGUGUCCAUCUCGAGACCUGUACAGCAAGUCGGACCACGACCCGCUCACCAUCUCCGGGUGGAACGAGUCGGGCCCCGUGGCGGCCUGGAACAAGGCGCACCCAGACCAGGCCGUGCAGCUCGGCGACGAGAUCGCCAGGGUGAGCACCGUCGUGUGGAACCACCGCAAUCGGGAGUUCAUCCGCCACAUCAAGUUGCAGCUCGAUAUCCGUAA